GUAAUUUCAAUAAACCAUAAGGGCAUUUCGUGGUUUGCAGUAGGACGCUCGAUGAAUAAAGGCCUCGGCUAACUCGCCACUCGCCAGUGAGCCUGACAGUAUCUUGACACCGAAAGCCGGAGAGAAAGCAGAGGGAAAAAAGGUCCUCUCUGGUGGCUGUGCAAAAAUGGCUUCAGAUCCAAAAAUUCACUCAUUCGAAGAAGUGGCGAAGCACAAUCAAACCAAAGAUUGCUGGCUUAUUAUAUCUGGAAAGGUGUAUGAUUUGACCCCUUUCAUGGAGGAUCAUCCCGGAGGUGAUGAAGUUUUGCUAUCUGCAACAGGAAAAGAUGCAACCAAUGAUUUUGAAGAUGUAGGACAUAGUGAUUCUGCUAGAGAAAUGAUGGACAAGUACUGCAUUGGUACUAUUGAUGUAUCCACUGUCCCACAAAGGCGGGUUUAUGUUCCACCUAAGCAAGCUCCUUACAAUCCUGACAAGACCCCUGAAUUUGUGAUCAAGAUUUUGCAGUUCCUGGUCCCUCUUCUGAUACUGGCUUUGGCCUUUGCUGUUCGACACUACACCAAGAAAGAGUAGUCCUUUUAGCUUGAUUUUUAGGUGUCUCCAUCCUCCAUAGAGCCAUUUGAAAGGACAAUGUUAAUGUUUCUUUCAGGUCCUCUUAUCAAAACUGGAUUAUAGUUCCUUAAGCGAAUAUAUGCGAACUUCGGCUGCAGUAUUAGCGGCAAUGUGACUGAAGAAGCUUUUCUUGUUUAUGAUGAGAAGAUGCUGCUCCA